UGAUAACGCGCGUGCAUUGUCGAGCGGUAAUGUGCCAGCGUCCUCUGCAGUGCCCGCUUGGUGGAAUCAAGCGGCUAAGAAGGGCGGAGUUGAGCCGGACGUAACUGCAGCAUCAGCCGAUGUGAUGGAUAGGUACGGCCCUGUCCUGUCUUCUACAACAACAACUUCUGUUCUUCUAGAUCCCCCACUGUCUUCUAGUGUGGUGGAGGAACAAGACAGUCGCAUCGAGGUGCGCGAGGAUGGUAGCCGCGUCCUGGUUGUAAACUCGAAUCCAUACAGCAGCGAUGCGACAGCUCUUCGACAACGACGAAUGGAAAGGAAGCGAAUGCAGUUCGCAACAGCGGCCGGCCAGAAAAAGACAACAAAAAAUUAGGAUCCACCUAGAAGAUGACAAAACUAUGAAAGUGAAACACCAGAUUCAAAAAAAUAUUGUAGUGAGAAAAUGCAUGAUUGGUCCGAGAUAGCAGUAUCUUGAUCAUGUUUAGCUUUAUUCGUACUGCUCAUCUAUUUUUUAUCAUGAUAUUCUUACUGUUAGAGCAAGUGCCGGGCGGACUCGUUGUGCAGGAUUCACAACCUAACCUAACCGAACACGUACUUACAUUUACAACGAACUCGUGGCCAAAAUUAGCAGGACUACUCACUUUCUAAGAUUAAGCCAAAAAGAAGAGUAAGCGACGUCAAGGUUUGCCUUCGGAUUCUUCGAGCGAGGACGAGGAUUUGAACUUGAAGUUGAAGGUGACUGCAAACGCGCGUCCUGGUGGCCGCGACGGUCAUGGAUCGAAUUCCCUGUUCGAACAUUUUGGGCGAACUCCUAGCAUCAACGCCAGCAGUGCACAACAAGGGGUAGAUCUCAGGACAUUGAUGGCUCUGCCUAAUCCCGCUAGUGUAGGUGGAGGAGGAGGUGCUCGACCAAUCACGGGGACAGGCUUGUCGUCUUCAGCGCCACGAGGGAGAGAUUUCCGACAAGAGGCGUUAAAACAAGGAGUUGUCAGACCUGGAAUGUCGUCCUUGGGACCUGGUGACCACGCUUUGGAGGGUCCAUCUGCGGCACUAGCAGCAGACGAGUUCGACUUAGAAUCUGAUGACGAUGAUGGCCGAAGACAGGGGCCUCACCUUGCUCCUGGUCAUGUGAUUGGUGGUAAAGGUGGGUCCAUCGGAUCUAACACGACGGGCGAUUCAGGCGCUGGUAUAGUCGGGCGCCAUGGGCCAUCUUGUUUGCCGCAGCAACACCUUCGUGAAGAACGCUCCACGAUCGCGAGACGAGAGAAAAUGCAACGACUUGGCGUCCUCGGGCCUACUAGUGCGACGGUGGAGCAGCGAAGGCAGGAAGCGGUGCAAAGAUUUGCGCUCUUUAGCAAUCUUCCGGUAAUGCUGCAACGGCCGCAACUGGAAAAAAUGGCGUUUCUCGUUCACUUGAUCCAAAUUCUCUUCUUCAAGGUGCCCGACCUAUUUGUCGCUCCAGCGGAACUCGUUUCUCUCCAACCAUCCUUGCGAGACUUGCGCGUGAAAGUGAAAGGCUGGAAAAAGAAACAACUUCCUGACAUAUGCGCUUACUAUCCGGAGUUCUUCGUCUGUGUCGAUGUCUUUCAUCCUGUUCCUGCUAAAGAUACUGUAGUUCCUGGCCCUGCUUCAUUAUCAUCUUCGGGUGGAGGAAGUAUAAGUAGCAGAAGUGCUGCUACUACGCUAAUCGGCUUGUCUGCGCGUUCCCGACGGCACAUGCUGCGAACGAAUCCCUGGAUUCUGGACCUCACAACAGAAGAGGCUGAGAUUAUCAACAGUGCGGGAACGAAUGGUCUCUACCCAGGAUCCCCGGUUGCUUUUUCAUCUAGUAGUAGAGCAGCUGCAGGGGCCGCUGGUGCUGGUGAAUCGUCGUCAGAAACUGCUGAAAAAACUACUGGUGAGCCGGACAUAUACGGGGAUGUCACGACUGAGUCCGUUGGAGGAGGAGCUGCGAAUAAACAACUCCUGUCAUCAACUGGAGGCAUGCUGGCGGACUCGAACCCCACUCUAUCCACCAUGUCAUCUUCUGGUGGAGCUACUGGUCGUGGGGGACAUCAGCUGGUCGCAAUCCCACGAAAAGACGUAGCAGACAGUCGUGCACUAAUGAAAGUCCUAGUCUCAGGUUUGAGAGAGCACUGCCUCGGAGAUCAUGUUGAUGCUCAAACGAGGAUGAAAAAGGGCAAGGCCAUGCUCGAUCAGGGUCCAGACCCCGACGGUUCCUGGAAAGACAUGGACGACCUGGAGCUUUUUUAUCAAUACGAGGCCGAUAUUCGCCGAUUACACAUAACGUACGAAGGCGUUGCAUUGAUUCCCAGCAUCGACUUGAAGAUUUUAUUCUCGACAAGCUCAUCUAGUACUUCAAAAGACCACGGAGCAAUAGCAAACUGUAGUUCCUCGUCAUCAAGUGGUGCGGAGUCGAUGGCCUCUUCGCCGGUCACGGGCCCCGCCCUAGCGGUAGGCACUAAACAAAAUGCUCCUAUUAACGUUAUCGUUCCCUCAGGAAGGUGCAAAAUGUGUCCAUUUAUUCGAGCGGACCUGCACAAAAAAAUUCGCAGAGUGGACUGGCUUAGCGAGCUGCAAACCCGUGCAAAGAGUCACAAUUUACCUGAAGCUUAAGGCUUGGUUACCAUAGAACUUGUAGUAAGUGUAUUUACUAACAAUAACUACAAGUAGGCUAGUGCUAGUUGAUCACUAUGUAUCUGGUCUGGAAUAUGCGGAGUGCAAGUGGUUUCCCCUUUUUUUCAAGCAGAUUCGAAAGGGUAGAAAGGGAAGAGCGCUUUAUCCAUCCAUGAACUAAAUAAAGUAUGUUGCAGUAAGACUAACUCUGGCACUGCAUUCAGAAACUAUGAGUGACUUUAUUUCUGUCCAAGAGCACGACGAGGAGGGGGUGGACGAGGGCUGCUCGCUUUGCCUAUGACUCAUCUUCUAAGUAUGACAUUCGACCGUGCGGGAAUUUCAACAGCUCGCGGAGGAGGAGGUGAAACGGAAAAACGACGACCGUUGUGCCGAGAUCUACGCAGAUGCGACGCUUUUGGCUCUUCGAAAGGGAAUCCAGGAGACGUUUGGAAAGCCAAGACUUCUUCUUCUCACCAAGUUGGCUCAGGUUGCUGCGGCCGCGGGAAAUGCGAAUAACAGGAAAAGGUAUUCAGCAGAACUAUCGCGGUUAGACCAUUGUUUUCGUGAUUGGCGCAAAUACUUUCGAGCACAAAUGGUUUCGGACACGGAGGCUCCAAAUUUACUCGCGGUGUUGCGGGAUCACGACGCUUUAUUUUUCCACCGGCAUGGUGCACCAACCGCGAGUCUAACACUUUUAGGAAUUCAAUUGCUGUUGAAGUCAGAGAAACUGCGGAUAAAUUCCACUGAUAUCCCGAUAGUUUCCGCUAGUGCGAAUACUGUAACUCUUGCUCCACCACCAGCAGGAGGUAGCAGAUCGAGAUGA